UGUUCUUGUUUUCAAUUUCAAAGCCUCUCCUUAAUAUUAAGAAUUUAUUCCCUUAAUUUGUCACUAAUCAAUUUGAAUUUCAAAUUUCAUUCUUCGGUGAUCAUAAGCUUUCGUGGCAAUUCUUGAAAUUUCAUGAGCUUUCUUUUCUGGGUAUUUUGUUAGAUUCUUCCUUUUCUAUUUUCACAAGAUCCCAGAAAGCUUAGAUUUUCACACCCUUUCCAUCUUUUGUCCCAUUUUGUGUCUUUAACUGUGUGUUAGAAUAUGUAACCUUUGUACAUGUGUAUCAUCAUUCUCUUGCAACCUUUUCAUGUGACCUGGUCUUUUCUUGACAUGCAUAGCCUAUGUAUAUAAUCAUGUGUAUAUAUGUCUGUUGGGUUAUUCAUGAUUUUGUGUUUUGCAUGUGAAUUAUGAAGCUUUUAGUUCGUGUGAUUGAAGCUAGAAAUAUACCUGCAAUGGAUCAAAAUGGCUUUAGUGAUCCAUAUGUCAAAGUUAAAAUAGGGAAACAAAAGUUUAAAAGUAAAGUGGUGAAGAAAACUUUGAAUCCUAUGUGGUGUGAAGAAUUUUCCUUGAAGGUGGAAGAUUUAAAAGAUGUGCUUAAGGUGUAUGUACUGGAUGAAGACAAGUUUCGAAAAGAUGAUUUUGUUGGACUUGUUGAAUUCCCAGUUUCGCAGGUUUUUGAUGCAGAAGGUCAGUCAUUAGGCACUACUUGGUACACCUUGAAACCGAAGAAUAAAAAGGCGAAGAUUAAGGAAUGUGGUGAAAUACUUCUUACUGUCUGUUUCUCACAUAGCAAUUCUGUUAUGGAUAUGCAAUCUCUUGAUAGCAAUGCGUCAGGAAAUUUUGAUACUCAAUCUGAUUAUUCACGACUAAGAUCCUUAUGUAGUCAGCCUUCUUCAGUCAAACUUGAUGAAGUCGCUCCUCCCAAGGAGGAGAAGCCACAAAAGCAAAAAUUUGCAGAAAAAAUUGCUCAUAUUUUCAACAAAAAUUCUGAUGUCAGCAACAAAAUUUCUGAUGCACUGUCUAGAACCUCUAGUAAAGCAACAAAUUUACCAGAGGUACCUGAGACUGCCAACAAGGAGUCUCAUGGGGAAAAGUCUGAAGAGUCAUCAUCAUCUGGUUCUUAUGAAGAAAUGAUGAAAACCAUGGAAAACAGAGAUCAAGGAAGUGAAAUGCCGAACAAUCUUCCUGGUGGAGUAGUUCUAGACCAACUUUAUGCUAUUGCUUCGUCCGAAAUGAACUCUUUACUCUUUUCGCCAGAUUCAACCAUCAUCAAGUCUUUGGCAGAUGUACAGAAAACUACAGAAUUGCAGAUAGGACCUUGGAAAUUCGAGAAUGGUGGCGAGACCCUGAAAAGAGUAAUUACUUGUACAAAAUCUGCUACUAAAUUAGUUAAGGCUUUAAAAGCCACUGAGGAGCAGACAUAUUUAAAAGCAGAUGGGAGGGGUUUUGCAGUCUUAGCAAGUGUAAGCACUCCAGAUGCUCCGUAUGGGGGCUGCUUUAAGACAGAAGUGCUUUACUGCAUCACUCCAGGUCCUGACCUGCCUUCAGGAGAACAGUCUUCUCAACUUGUAGUAUCGUGGCGGAUAAACUUUUUGCAGAGUACUAUGAUGAAAGGUAUGAUAGAAAAUGGUGCAAAACAAGGUAUAAGGGACAGCUUUGAGCAGUUUACCACAUUAUUAGCGGAGAGAGUAAACCCAGCUGAUGUAAAGGGCAAUGCUUCUGAAAAGGAACAAGCUUUGGCAUCUCUACAAGGGGAGCCCCAAUCAGACUGGAAACUUGCAAUUCAGUAUUUUGGUAAUUUAACAUGUAUAUCCGCCAUCGUUAUUGGAUUGUACGUCCUUGUACAUCUGUUCCUAGCCACGCCUAGCACAAUACAAGGGCUUGAGUUUGUUGGGUUAGACUUGCCAGAUUCAAUUGGUGAACUGAUUGUUUCUGGAGUGUUUGUUCUCCAAGGUGAAAGGUUUCUGGCACUUAUAUCACGUUUUAUGCAGGCGAGGAGGCAGAAAGGCAGCGAUCAUGGGGUUAAAGCACAAGGAGACGGGUGGUUGCUAACUGUUGCCUUGCUAGAAGGAAACAAUAUGGCAGCUGUUGAUCCAAGUGGGCUGUCUGAUCCUUAUGUGGUGUUCAGCUGUAACGGCAGAACUAGAUCCAGUUCAAUUAAAUUUCAGACAUCUGAUCCGCAGUGGAAUGAAAUAUUUGAAUUUGAUGCCAUGGAUGAGCCUCCAUCUGUGAUGGAUGUGAAUGUCUAUGAUUUUGAUGGACCGUUUGAUGAAGCUACAUCCCUGGGACAUGGUGAAAUCAAUUUUGUGAAAACUAACAUAUCAGAACUAUCGGAUGUGUGGUUUCCUCUUCAAGGAAAUUUAGCUCAAGCUUGUCAGUCAAAAUUGCAUCUAAGAAUUUUCUUGAAUGAUACAAGGGGUAGCAAUGUUGUUAAAGAAUAUUUAAGUAAGAUGGAGAAAGAGGUCGGAAAGAAGAUAAAAUUGCGGUCUCCUCAAACAAAUUCAGCAUUUCAGAAAUUAUUCAAACUACCACCAGAAGAAUUUCUAAUCAAUGACUUCACAUGUCAAUUGAAACGUAAAUUGCCUCUGCAGGGUCGUCUAUUUUUGUCAGCAAGAAUAAUUGGAUUUCAUUCUGAUCUUUUUGGACGGAAGACAAGAUUUUUUUUCCUCUGGGAAGACAUAGAAAGCAUUCAAGUAGACCCUCCUACUUUGUCAUCAAUGGGUAGUCCAAUUAUUGUUAUGACUUUACGACCUGGUAGGGGUCUAGAUGCAAAACAUGGUGCAAAAACUCAUGAUACUGAAGGCAGGCUGAAGUUCCAUUUUCAGUCUUUUGUGUCUUUCAAUGUUGCACACAGGACAAUCAUGGCUCUAUGGAAGGCAAAAUCCUUGACUCCUGAGCAGAAGGUACGGAUAGCUGAACAGGAAGCUGGAGGUAAGGAACUCCAUAUACUUGAAGACGAAUCCUUUAGCAAAAGCCAGCAUGUAUCUGAAGAUGAAUCAGAUACCAAAGGACUCCAAAGUGAGGAUAAUGGGUCAUUAUUUGGCUUUGGGGAUGUUGGCAUGUCUGUGAUUUAUAGUUCUGUUCUCUCCGUUCCUGUUGACUCUGUUAUGGAGUUAUUCGGUGGAAAUGAAUUAGAGCAGAAGGCUAUGGAAACAGCUGGUUGUAUUAAUUAUUCUCAAAGCCCGUGGGAGUCAGAAAAGGCAGACAUAUACGAGAGGCAGAUCUAUUUUAGAUCAAAACAAAUUUCACAGUACAGAGGAGAAGUGACAAGCACACAACAAAAAUCUCGUCUUUCUGAUAUUGAUGGUUGGGCUAUUGAAGAAGUUAUGACGUUCCAUGGGAUCCCACUUAGCGAUCACUUCAAUGUUCACCUAAAAUACCAUAUUGAAGAUGACGCGAGAGGCAUGGGAUGCAAUGUUCAAGUUUUUCUUGGAAUAGCAUGGUUGAAAGGCACUAAACAAAAGAAAAGGUUCACAAAGAACAUUUUCUCAAAUAUGCAAGAGAAACUUAAGGUUAUGUUCAGUAUAGUUGAGAAGGAAUAUGCAUCAGCAAAGUAGAUAUCUGAAUUUGGUGAGGACAUGUCAUCAUUCACCGGUCACUCAACUCUAUCAUAUGAUUUACCCGAUGAGCUUUCCAUGCAGACCGAAGCUUUUUUGUAUGGUGCAUUAUCAUGCAUCUUCGUCGCAGUUUUGAAAUCAUGUGGAUAUACGCUUUUAACACAGAGUAAUGCGGUGUAUAGGUUUGUGAAGGUGGCAGAAGUCUUGGAACAUAGGUUAAUUACCAAUUGCAGUACUGAAAUGUCUAUAAAGCUUAGGUUGGUUUGUACUUUAUUUGUGUAU